CUGCGGAGGCAGCUCGCCCGCAGUAGGCGCUGCUGGGCGCGGGGCGUGGAGCGGCGACGGCUCGCAGGCUGGCCAUGGCGAGGAGCGCAAGGCGGCCACCUGAGUGGCGUGGCGGCGUCAGGUUCUUAAUCAAGAACCAGCUCUAUGGAUCCAGGACAGGUUUGUCCCAUGGCCUGCUCUGAACAGCGUGUUGUCCGAUAGAAGAUUCCAUUGGCAAACCAUCUCUAUUGCCUUAUAGAGCAAGCAAAGAAGAUGGAUCGAUUAAAGAACCAUCUACCUGUGUGCUUUCUACCUACUGUGCCCUUUUUAAUCCUAGUAUCCACUCUAGCGACUGCUAAGAGUGUGACUAAUAGCACUUUAAAUGGCACUGACGUGGUCUUGGGCUCUGUGCCUGUAAUCAUUGCCAGAACUGACCAUAUCAUAGUCAAGGAAGGGAACAGUGCCUUGAUUAAUUGUAGUGUUUAUGGCAUCCCUGAUCCACAAUUCAAGUGGUAUAAUUCCGUUGGCAAGCUGCUGAAAGAAGAUGAGGAGAAGGAGCGAGGAGGAGGAAAAUGGCAGAUGCAUGAAAGCGGCCUCCUGAACAUCACCAAGGUGUCUUUUUCAGACCGAGGUAAAUACACAUGUGUUGCUUCUAACAUCCAUGGCACUGUGAACAACACGGUGACCCUGAGAGUCAUCUUUACCUCUGGAGACAUGGGCGUCUACUACAUGGUCGUCUGCCUUGUGGCCUUCACCAUCGUCAUGAUCCUCAACAUCACCCGCCUGUGCAUGAUGAGCAGCCACCUGAAGAAGACCGAGAAAGCCAUCAACGAGUUCUUUAGGACAGAAGGCGCAGAGAAGCUGCAAAAGGCAUUUGAGAUUGCCAAGCGGAUCCCCAUCAUCACCUCAGCCAAAACUCUAGAGCUUGCCAAAGUCACCCAGUUCAAAACCAUGGAGUUUGCCCGCUAUAUCGAAGAGCUUGCCAGGAGUGUGCCUCUGCCUCCCCUCAUUAUGAACUGUAGGACUAUCAUGGAGGAAAUCAUGGAAGUGGUUGGGCUGGAGGAGCAGGGGCAGAAUUUUGUGCGGCAUACUCCAGAAGGCCAGGAGGCCUCAGACAGGGAUGAGGUUUACACGAUCCCAAACUCCCUGAAGAGAAGUGACUCGCCCACCGCAGACUCGGAUGCCUCAUCGCUGCACGAGCAGCCCCAGCAAAUUGCCAUCAAGGUGUCUGUGCACUCGCAGUCCAAAAAAGAUCACGGGAAUGACCCAGAGGGUGUACAGUUUGAAGUCAAAGAUGAUGAGGAGACAGAACCGUCCGCUGAACAUUCCCCAGAAACUGCAGAGCCUUCUACAGAUAUAACAUCCACAGAGCUAACAUCUGAAGAGCCAACGCCUGUUGAGGUAUUGGAUAGAGUCCUGCCACCAGCUCACCUGGAAACUACAGAGCCAGCGGUGGGGCAUGACAGAAACACCUGCAUUAUUUAUGAAAGCCAUGUCUAAUAUCAACUAUGAAAAGCUAUGCAUAUCAAGAAAAUCAGGGGCUGCUCCUCGUAGUGCAGAUGUAGUACGCACUUGCCGCUAAGCCUUACCAGGAGACUCUCAUCCCUUAGGUAGGAGUGAUGCCAUUUUCAAAGGGGAAACACCUGAGUGCAGUUUAUUAUGUGACUGGAAUUUCCCCAGUAGAAAAGGAUGUGAGAAGCAUCAGGGUGCAGAAUUGAUAAUACUGGACAGAAGGCGUCUGUCCACGUGAUACGAAUUUUAGAGGCUCUUCUCUGCCAAAUACCUUAAUGGGUGAUGCCCUUUUGGCAAAGAGAAUAUUACUGUAAGAUAUUCUGAGGUCAAGAGCCCUGUCCAAUGCACACUGCAUUGCUUUUCCUUAAAAAAAAAAAAAAUAUAUAUAUAUAGGUCUGCUACGAUAGCAAAUGCACGUACAUGGGUUUGUUGCACUUUCUUCUCAGUUUUUAUUCCUGUCACUGUUCCUUUAAAAUGGAGUAGUUGCUGUUGUUAUAGUAAUACUAAUUGCUCUUUCCGGUUUAGUCCUCUUAGCCACUUUGUCCUUAUUUUCCCCUCGAACGUGUACCUCAGAGGCUUUGGUAUCAGUCACUAGUACCAGGGCUGAUAUCUACAAGUCAGUUGUAAUGUUCCAGAGUAGUUACUACGCUCAUUAUUUUUGUCACUUCCCAAGCCUAUUUUCAUACAUUACUUUUUUUUUGUUUCCAAUGAAGCUGCUAUUGUGAAACUGAGAAAAACCUUUGCCCAGGAAUAGCACUUUAAGAGCCAAAUAAAAAUGUGUUUACCUGUCCAAUUCUGAGAGCCUUUUGGUGAGCUCAACUGAAGUAUGGAGGGAGAUUGUAAAAGGUUGAAUAUACCCAUAUUACCCGUGAAAACUGCUCUUUUUAUGGUUAAGUAACAUCAUCCUACAAACAAAAACUGAUUCUUUAUCUGGAAAAUAUAAUGCUUCCAAAGACAGAGGCAUUUGAUGAAUCCCUGCAGGUUGUAGAGUAUUGGCUUCCCAGAAGGGCUUGCAGGGACAUACGCUGUUGGGUGACUCAAACACUGGAUUUGGGGCAGCAAAAGAAAGAUCUGGGAAGCCGUGUAACCAGGUCCACUUUUGUAAACCACAGAGCUAACUCGUUGGUCUUGAAGGGGAGAGUGAAAGGUUAGAACAAUGACCUACGGAACUGUGCCAUCAAAUUUCAUGCCAGAUUGUGGAAUUAUUUUUUAGUCUCACAAGAAAGCAGUUAUACGCGAGACUGAAUGAUGUUAUGGAAAGAAGAAAAAGUCAGUCUAUGCAAAGACCAAUACUUUACCUGACUGUGCCAAUAAUCAGCUGCCUGGCUUUGGGCAGGUCUGGGUCUCAGUUUCCUUAUCUGUUAGAGGGGGCAGACUAGAUGGGCUCUGAGUACCAUCUAAAUGGUCUCACUCUCACAGAACCAAACCAAUAUCAUCAUGCUUGCUCUCUUUCCAGUUACUUAACAGAUUUUCACUUUUCUCUCUGGGUUCAGCUCACAUUGUUUAUGCUGCAUGACUUACUCAAAGAGGAUCAAUUUCAAAUAAUCAUAGCAUUUUAAGCAAGUUGUGGAUCUUCUCUCCCAAAACAUCAUUAGGACCACUUCUGUAGUUGAAAUUUAAUCGUGGUGAGAAUGAGUGGUAUUUCAUUUUCACUUAGAACCUUAAAGUUGUCGUAAGGGUCGUGGCCACAUCAAGUGGAUGGGAUCAUGACAAUGGAGGUUACACGGGCCACGUUGGUGGAAAGAGAGCAGACGCAGAUGUGUAGUCCUCACUCUGUCACUAUCUGGAUAAGUGACCUUGGACAACUCCUUUUCCCUCUCCAGGGUUUCAUCUUUUUCACCUGCAGAAUAUGGGGGUUGUGCCUGAUGAGUCACAGGAUCCCUUCUAGCUCAACAUUUAUUGCUUUCUAGAAAGUUUGUAAUCUCCCAAGAUGGCAUGGUCCCCACUGCAAGAGACAAACAACAUUGGGAGCAAAAAUGGAUACAGGAGAUCGGU